CCUGGCGGGCUCGGAGGGAAAAGGGGAGCAGGGAGGCGACUUCUUCGGGCUCCGCGGCGGUGCGCAGGCGCCGUGGCCCGACUGGAGACUUUGUUCUCCGCGGAGAGACCCAAGGGCGGUGCCGGUGGCUGGUUGCGCACGCGCGCCGCCUCAUUUCCGGUGCUCUCUUUCGCUGGGUCGCUCGGGUCGGCUUCGGUCGCUGUCGCUCCCGCUCUCCCACCCCCGCCAACGGCCGCUCGGGCCUCUGCCGCUGCCGCGUCGCUUCCUCGAUCCCUCGAUCGCACAUCCGCCCCAAUGCAGCGCCGGGACGACCCCGCCGCGCGCAUGAGCCGGUCCUCGGGCCGCAGCGGCUCCAUGGACCCCUCCGGUGCCCACCCCUCAGUGCGUCAGGCGCCGUCUCGGCAGCCACCGCUGCCUCACAGGUCCCGGGGAGGCGGAGGGGGAUCCCGGGGAGGCGCUCGGGCCUCGCCCGCCACGCAGCCACCACCGCUGCUGCCGCCCUCGGCCACGGGUCCCGACGCGACAGUGGGCGGUCCAGCACCGACCCCGCUGCUGCCCCCCUCAGCCACUGCCUCCGUCAAGAUGGAGCCGGAGAACAAGUACCUGCCCGAACUCAUGGCCGAGAAGGACUCGCUCGACCCGUCCUUCACUCACGCCAUGCAGCUACUGACGGCAGAAAUUGAGAAGAUUCAGAAAGGAGAUUCAAAAAAAGACGAUGAGGAGAAUUACUUGGAUUUAUUUUCUCAUAAGAACAUGAAGCUGAAGGAGCGGGUACUGAUACCUGUCAAGCAGUAUCCCAAGUUCAAUUUUGUGGGGAAGAUCCUCGGGCCACAAGGGAAUACAAUCAAAAGACUGCAAGAAGAGACAGGUGCAAAGAUCUCUGUGCUGGGCAAGGGCUCAAUGAGAGACAAAGCCAAGGAGGAAGAACUGCGCAAAGGUGGAGACCCGAAAUAUGCCCACUUGAAUAUGGAUCUGCAUGUCUUCAUUGAAGUCUUUGGACCCCCAUGUGAGGCUUAUGCUCUUAUGGCCCAUGCUAUGGAGGAAGUCAAGAAGUUCCUAGUACCAGAUAUGAUGGAUGAUAUCUGCCAGGAGCAGUUUCUAGAGCUCUCCUAUUUGAAUGGAGUACCGGAGCCCUCUCGUGGACGUGGGGUGCCAGUGAGAGGCCGAGGAGCUGCACCUCCUCCUCCACCUGUUCCCAGGGGCCGUGGUGUUGGACCACCUCGGGGGGCUUUGGUGCGUGGUACACCAGUGAGAGGAGCCAUCACCAGAGGUGCCACCGUAACUCGAGGAGUCCCACCCCCACCUACGGUGAGGGGUGCCCCAGCACCGAGAGCACGGACAGCAGGCAUCCAGAGGAUACCUUUGCCUCCACCCCCAGCACCAGAAACAUACGAGGACUAUGUAAGAAGUUCGAACAGUGCGCCAUUUCCCAAGACCUAGAAGGUGGCCAGAGGAAGUUGAGUGAUAGGGCAUUGGCCCUUGAUGGAUAUGAUGACACAUAUGCAGAACAAAGUUAUGAAGGCUACGAAGGCUAUUACAGCCAGAGCCAAGGGGACUCAGAAUAUUAUGACUAUGGACAUGGGGAGGUUCAAGAUUCUUAUGAAGCUUAUGGCCAAGACGACUGGAAUGGGACCAGGCCGUCGCUGAAGGCCCCUCCAGCUAGGCCAGUGAAGGGAGCAUACAGAGAGCACCCAUAUGGACGUUAUUAAAAACAAACAUGAGGGGAAAAUAUCAGUUAUGAGCAAAGUUGUUACUGAUUUCUUGUAUCUCCCAGGAUUCCUGUUGCUUUACCCACAACAGACAAGUAAUUGUCUAAGUGUUUUUCUUCGUGGUCCCCUUCUUCUCCCCACCUUACUCCAUUCUUAACUCUGCAUUCUGGCUUCUGUAUGUAGUAUUUUAAAAUGAGUUAAAAUAGAUUUAGGAAUAUCGAAUUAAUUUUUUAAGUGUGUAGAUGCUUUUUUCUUUGUUGUUUAAAUAUAAACAGAAAUGUACCUUUUAUAAUAAAAAGAAGAAGUUGAGUAAAAAAAAAACCACAAACCUGUUAGUUUCAAAAGUGACAUUGCUUGCUUAAAGGUUCUGAAGUUUAAGGCUUGUUAACUUUCUCUUAGUUUUGAUUUGAGGCAUCCCGUAAAGUUGUAGUUGCAGAAUCCCAAACUAGGCUACAUUUCAAAAUUCAGGGCUGUUUAAGAUUUAAAAUCACAAACGUUAACGGCAGUAGGUGCCACCAUGUAAAAGUGAGCUCAGACGUCUCUAAAAAUGUUUCCUUUAAAAGCACAUGGCGGUUGAAUCUUAAGGUUAAAUUUUAAAAAAAAAGAUCCUCAUGAAUUAAAUAGUUGAUGCAAUUUUUAACGUUAAUUGAUUUAAAACAACAACAAAAUUAGGUUUGUAAAACUGACUUUUUCAUUAUGUGGGUUUUGAAAUCUAGCCCCAGACAUACAGUGUUGAGAGAUACUUAGUGGGGAGUAGGUUUUGAAGAGGUGGAUUCGGGGAAAGGGGCUGGCCACCUGGAUUGAAUUUGAUGCAGAGCUUUUCAGCCAUGAAAAAUCCUUCAGUAAUCGUACUAAUAAUUAAAAUUUCAGUAUUUAAAAAGACAAAGUGUUUUGUCCCUCUGAGGUUCUGCAUUCCAUGAAAAGCUCACUUGGACACUGGAACCAAAAGCUGAUGAUUUUUUUAAGUUGACGGUUGUCAAUAUUGAACUGUUCCCAAGGUAGUUAGUCAAGUAUGUCUCAACACUAGCAUGAUAUAAAAAGGGACACUGCAGCUGAAUGAAAAAAGGAAUCAAAAUCCACUUUGUACAUAAGUUAAAGUCCUAAUUGGAUUUGUACCGUCCUCCCAUUUUGUUCUUGGAAGAUUAAAUGCUACAUGUGUAAGUCUGCCUAAAUAGGUAGCUUAAACUUAUGUCAAAAUGUCUGCAGCAGUUUGUCAAUAAAGUUUAGUCCUUUUUUAAUCAAA